AGAAGAUGUCGAGCACCACCACCACCACCGAUAACGAUGGGCGUCCCUCACGAACUGGUACGUGGGUGACAGCCUCUGCCCACAUAAUAACGGCUGUGAUCGGGUCGGGAGUGCUCUCGCUGGCCUGGUCCAUCGCCCAUCUCGGCUGGGUGGUUGGACCGGCCAGCUUGAUCGGGUUCUCCCUGAUCACGUUGUUCACCUCUUUCCUGCUGGCGGACGCCUACCAUCAUCCGGAUGGCCGACGAAACUACACCUAUCUGGACGCCGUGCGGGCCCAUUUGGGCGGGCGCAGGGUCCAGCUCUGCGGGCUAGCCCAAUACUCCAACCUGGUGGGCGUCACGAUCGGCUACACCAUCACCGCCUCCAUCAGCAUGGCGGCCGUGGGGAGACCAUCGGAUUGUUCCCACGUGGUUGACGACGAGAAGUGCCACUGGUCGACAACGCUCUACAUGGUCGUCUUCGGGAGCGUCCAGCUGGUACUGUGCCAGGUCCCGAACUUCCAUAAGCUGACGUGGCUGUCCAUCCUCGCCGCCGUGAUGUCGGUUGCCUAUUCCGUCAUCGGACUGGGACUCUCUGUCGCCACAGUGGCUGCAGACGGAGGUGGGACUAGGGAGGCGGCAACGGAUUCAGAUGCACAGAAAAUGUGGAAAAUUUUCAUAGCAAUCGGCGAUAUUGCCUUUGCUUUUGCCUACUCCACUGUCCUCGUCGAGAUCCAGGAUACCCUAAAAUCGAGCCCGCCGGAGGAGAAAGCAAUGAAGAGGGCAACCUUCGUCGGUGUCGGAGUUACAACCGUCUUCUACCUGCUGUGCGGCUGUGUCGGAUACGCCGCGUUUGGGGAUUCCACGCCGGGAAAUUUACUCUCCGGAUCCGGCUUCCACCACCCAGUGUGGCUAGUUAACGUCGCCAACGUUUGCGUAGCUGUCCACCUCGUCGGCGCCUACCAAGUCUUUGCGCAGCCGAUAUUCAGCUUCGUGGAGACCAGCUGUCAGCAAAGGUGGCCGGAUCACGCGUUCCUGACAGCGGACCACCCGAUCACGGUCACAAUUCCGCUCCUGGAGGACGGUCCGACGGCCACGAUCUGCCACGUCAACUGGUUCAGGCUGGUUUGGAGGUCGGCCUACGUGGCGGUGACGACAGUGCUGGCCAUCGCCUUCCCGUUCUUCAACGUGUUUCUCAGCCUCAUCGGGGCAGCCUCGUUCUGGCCACUGACGGUCUACUUCCCGAUAGAGAUGUACAUCGCGCGGGCUAAGGUUCCGAGGUUCUCCUUCAGGUGGACGUGUCUCCAGGCGUUGAGCUUCGGAUGUCUCCUAGUCUCACUCGUCGCGGCGGCCGGAGCUGUGGAAGGCCUCGUUCGCUCCCUCAGA